GGACACCGUGCAAACUUAUUGCAGCGCACUCGUCUGCAGUGCAACACAGCACACGCAUAGGAAGGGGCCGUCGCCGUGUACGUCGGCGUCGCGGCGUCCACGAAGUCUCCAUUUCUGAUUCUGAAACGCCCACGGCUUCCUCGCUUUGUCGCUCUCCUCUGUCUGUCCGCCUGUCCGAGACCUCGGAGCCGACGGCCGGUUUUAAAAGAGCCUGCGCGGUGUAAGGAUUCUCGGGUCGGGCUCGGGACGGGAGCAACCGCAGUGGGAGACAUGCCCCCUUGCACAGGAGUUGGGGCUGGGGCUGGGGCUGUGCAGCGCCGAGUAGUAGGAGCCGGGAGGCGGUGACGGACGGAACAGAAGGCGCGGGUCCUGUUGGGCGGCCGCCUGGUUCCCGGGUCCUGUUGGGCGGGCGCGCGGCUGAGCGGGGCCAUCCAUCAUUGCCUCCUCCGCGUGGGUCUUGGCUGCCUCUGUCGUCGUCCUCGCGGCGCGGGUCGCGCGGCCGAGGUGAAGGUGAGGACUGAGGAGAACUUCUCUUCCCGUCUCAUGGAGACGAAGGACUUCUUCUACUCCUCGGCGCUCUCUUCGGUUUCUUUUCUCAUCGACUCUGCUCUGUUCGUUCGAUUUGCGAGCGGCGGAGCAUAGUGCGAAGACCGUCAACUUGUACUCUUCCGGCGCUCGCUGGCGGUGGAGGGGACGAAAGUAGAUAGCGUACGGAAGCAUCGGCAUUGGGUCGCGCGCGUAGGGGAUGGACCGUCGGAGCUGGCUGUGGCGGCGCAAGUCGACGGACAAGAGCCCCGGGGAGACCGAGACCUCGGCGUCCGAGAAGAUUACUGAUGAACAGGAUUCUGCCAAGAGCUCUCCAAACUCGACUCGGUCGCCGGAGAUCACGUCGAAGGAACUGGAGGACGAUAACGACGUGAAGGUGAAGGUAUUGAGUGAGAGGCUAUCAUCCGUAGUUCUGGAUGUCCGUGCGAAGGAUGAUCUCGUGAAGCAGCAUUCCAAAGUUGCAGAGGAGGCUGUUCUAGGAUGGGAGAAGGCCGAGAAGGAGAUCUCAUCGCUGAAGGCGCAGCUGAGCGCUGCAACGGCCAAGAACUCCGCGCUGGAGGACCGGCUCGUCCACCUGGACGGCGCCCUCAAGGAAUGCGUCCGGCAGCUCCGGCGCGCCAAGGACGAGCAGGACCAGACGGUGCAGGACGCGCUGGCACGGCAAGCGCGGCAGUGGGAGUCCCACAAGGCCGACCUCGAGCUGCGCAUCGUUGAGCUCACGGCGAGGCUGGAGGCCAAGUCCGAGCGCUCGGUGGUGGGCGCCACCGACGGCGACACCCGUUCCAGCAGGCUAGCCGCCCUGGAGAAGGAGAACUCGGCGCUGAAGUUGCAGCUGCUCGCCAAGACGGAGGAACUGGAGCUCAGGACGAUAGAGAAGGAGCUCAACCGGCGGGCGGCGGAGACGGCGAGCAAGCAGCAGCUGGAGGGCAUCAGGAAGGUGGCCAAGCUCCAAGCUGAGUGCAGGAGGCUGCAGGCCGCGGCACAACGGAGGGCGUCCUCCGUGAACGUCGAGCUCCGGCGUUCUCCGAGCUCGGCCUGCGUCGAGUCGCUCACGGAUUGCCAGUCGGACUGCUCCGACUCAUGGGCCUCGGCCCUCGUCACGGAGCUCGACCAGUUCAAGAAGGACAAGAGCGGCGCGAGCACCAGGACAGCGAGCCUCGUGGCCGCGGACAUCGACGUGAUGGACGACUUCCUCGAGAUGGAGAAGCUCGCCUCCGCGAACGGCUCGUCGAAAGGCGACGCCGUCGAGGACGCGAGCGGGCAGGUGGAGAAGGCGCUGCACGAGGCUCAGCGCGAGCUGAGGACUUGCCGCCGCCGGGUAAUGGUGGCAGAGGAGAGAUCAGCUGAGCUACAGCGGCAGCUGAACCAUGCCAAUGGCGACAAACACGCCAUGGAGGCGGAGGCGGAAGCUGCUGAGGCGAAGGGAAGGGAGCUUGAGGGCAAGCUCGAGCUCGCCCGUGCCGAUAUCGCGGGCUUGCUGGACAAGGGGCGCAUCCUGGAGGAACGGCUCGAGUCUGAGAAGGCGCUGACACUUGAGCUCGCAGCCAAGUACCAGGACAUGGAGACGCUGGAGGCAGAGAAGAGGGAGCUGAACGCUCAGCUGGAGACGUCACGGUCCGAAGCCAAGAAGCUCAGCGACAAGAUCGCCCUGAUGGAGAGGAAGCUGGAGGUGGAGAAGGCCCUGUCGAUCCGACUGGCGACGAAAUGCCAUGGCGUUGAUGCUCUGGAAGCAAAGAAGAAGGGCGUCGAGCUCGAGCUGGAGUCGGCACGCGAGGAAAUCGCUUCCCUGCGAAACAAGGCUAGUAGCUUGGAACUGCAAGUCAUGGAAGAGAAAGCGUCGUCCGCUGGACUCGCAAUGCGGUGCCAAGAACUGGAGGAGCUUAGAUCCCAGCUUGUGUCUUCAAACUCACGGAUCGUUGAGCUGAACGAGAAGGUUAAAACGCUCGAGGAUGUGAUCGAGAAACAGAGGCCAGUGACGGCGGAAUUGGAGUCUCAGCUCCAGUCGAGACACGACGAAAUCAGCAGCUUGAAGGAGGACAUAAGCCUGUUGCAGAAGAAGCUGGAGUCCCAGAAGAACCUGUCGUCAGCUUACAUAUCUGCGCUGGGCGCUUCUGAAACCGAGAAGAAAGAACUGGCUACCCGGUUUGAACUCGGAGAGAAAGAGGCCGAGGAAUUGCGCGGGAAGACGAGUUUGCUGGAGGAACAGAUCCACGAAGAGAGGGCACGGUCAUCUGAGUUUGCGGUAAAAUGUCGGAAGAUGGAGGAACAGUUCUCCCGCAGAUCUCUUCUUGGCCACCAACCAGUGAAAUCUUCGGCGAUCAAAGAUAUUCAGAUAAGAAAGGAGACAGAGCUGGCCAAGGCUGCCGGGAAACUGGCCGACUGCCAGAAGACGAUAGCUUCACUGAGCAGCCAGCUGAAAUCGUUGGCCGAUUUCGACGAGUUCCUCCCUGAAACCGAGACUAGUGGCGCCGACUCAGCCGACGCCUGGGACGGCGACCUGAAGCUGCUCCACCCUGCAAGCUAUCCCACGCAGAUUGGCUGUUUGGCAGUCACAUGAGUCACGAUCCUCGUUGGCAGGUGGGCGGAGAAACUGUUUUUGUUCGGGUUCCACCGCAUGAUUGCUGUGGUGAGAUUGCCAUGAUCUUCCACCACAUGCCAUAUAGAGUUAAGUUUAUAAUAGUCUAUAGGUGAGAAAAUGUUCAUAUGAAAGCUGUUUAUAGAGUUGGUUGGUGAAGCUUCAAAGGAACUCAUAAACUUUGAUCUCCCAUUCUUCCUGUCCCUUGGAAACGGCUUUUAACCACCAGCAUGUGUUCCAUCUU